CACAGGUGAGCAGCCGCUCAGCGCUCGGAGCCGCUGCAGGAUGAAAAGCGCCCACACGCUCUUCUCCAGGAUCCAAAAACCAGGACCAGGAACCAGGACCAGGAAACCCACCCCUGAAACCCCGUGAAACCUGCGGAGGUUCGGUUCGCGUUCGGGUUCGGUUCGGGCGGGACAGGUGAGGCGCGCCGCAAGGACGGGCUGCGUUUUUCCACCUGAGGGGCCCGAACUGUUCCUGUCGCGGUUCUAAACCCACCAGGAAGUUCCCAGGUGUUUUCCAGGUUCACGGAAGUUUCCUCAGGUGACCCAGGUCCGGGGACCCACACCUGCGCGCAUGCGCACCUGAGCGCGCAGCAUCCGGAGAGACCAGUCCGUCCAGGUGAGGGCUGGAGGCGCAGAAACCAGAUCCGGAAGCUGGUGUCAGGAUGACGGACUCCAUGAAGACGGAGCUGGUGAGCGCCAUCCAGCUGCAGGAGCUGGAGCUGCAGGACGGACCUGCGGACGACCGGCAGGACGGAGAGAAGCGCAAGACCAGCAGCGGCUCAACCGAUGAGUCCUUCACCGUGGAGGAAGCAGUUGAAUCCAUCGGCUUCGGACGUUUCCACGUCCUGCUGUUCGUCAUCAUGGGCAGCGCCAACAUCGUGGAGGCCAUGGAGAUCAUGCUGCUGGCCGUCGUUUCCCCGGAGAUCCGCUGUGAGUGGCAGCUGGACGACUGGCAGGUGGCGCUGGUCUCCACGAUGGUGUUCCUGGGCUUCAUGGCGUGCGGCGUCCUGAGCGGUUACCUGGCCGACAGAUACGGACGCUGGAAGGUGGUGUUCGGGGGCUUCGUGUGGAGCGCCUACUUCUCCCUGCUCACGUCGUUCGCUCCGUCCUACGGCUGGUUCAUCUUCCUGCGCAGCAUGGUGGGCUGCGGCGUCGCUGGAGUCUCGCAGGGGUUUGUGUUGAAGACGGAGUUCUUCCCGGCGAAGUACCGAGCCCUGAUGCUGCCGCUGGCCUCGGUCUUCUGGAUGACGGGGUCCAUGCUGAUCAUCCUGCUGGGGAUGCUGGUGGUUCCCACCAUGGGCUGGAGGUGGAUGAUCCGGCUGUCUGUCACGCCCAGCAUCAUCCUCAUCUUCCUCUUCAAGUUCAUCCCAGAGUCGGCUCGCUACCAGGUCUCUGCGGGAAACGUGGCGGCUGCCGUUAAAACGCUGCAGUGGAUCGCCAAGAUGAACCGGAGCUCCCUUCCUCCGGGACGCCUGGUGGAGCCGGCCGAGACGGAAAGAGGCAGCUGGAGACUUCUGCUCAGUCCGUCGUUCAGGAGGACGUCGUUGCUGCUCUGGUUCUCAUGGUUCGUGGCGUCCUUCGCCUACUAUGGGUCGGUGCUGAGCAGCUCGGAGCUGCUGGAGAAGAACCUGCUGUGCGUGACAGACGCCGACCCGGAGCACCAGGUGCAGCACCGCCAGGAGGACGGAGGGAGGUGCUACUGCAUCCCCUUCGGGAUGAACGACUACGAGACGCUGCUCAUCAGCUGCCUGGGGGAGGUGGCGCUCGUCCCGGUCAACAUCGCGUUGCUCAAUUUCUUCGGACGUAAAAUGAGCCUGACGAUCCUGCAGCUGAUGACGGCCGCCUUCUUCAUGCUGGUCACUGUCUGCACCACCAUGCUGGGCUUCACUGUGUUGCUGUUCCUGCUCAGGUCUCUGGUCUCCAUGAACUUCACCGUGGUCUACAUUUACACCGCAGAGGUGUACCCGACCGUGGCCCGGUCCCUGGGGAUGGGAUUCUGCACAUCGUUCAGUCGGAUCGGGGGGAUGAUCGCUCCGUUCAUGGCCCAGGUGCUGAUGUCCCAGUCGGUGAUUCUGGCCGUCACCCCGUUCGCCGUGACGUGUCUGAUCUGCGCUCUGGGAAGCUUCCUGUUGCCCAUAGAAACCCGAGGACGGGCUCUGCUGCAAUCCUCCCCCUGAUGUCUCUGCUUGCUGUUCCUUCUAAGUGGAACGGAUUUAAAUAUGUUACUGGGAUCUGACGUUACUGGGACGUUACUACAAACCGGAAGUAGAAGAGUGCUGCUGGUGUUUACAUGAGUCUGAAGUCCUGAAGUCGGUCCGGGGAGCCGCGCCGAGGUCGUGGCCCUCGUUUCUGUCCAUAAUGUGACACACAGUUGACAACAACCAACCAAAACUACCCAACCAAUGGACUAAAGCCAAUCAACCAGCCAACCAAACCUAACCAACCAGCCAAUCAACCAGCCAACCAGCCAGCCAGCCAACCAACCAACCAGCCAAUCAACCAGCCAGCCAAUCAACCAGCCAACCAACCAACCAACCAACCAACCAACCAACCAACCAACCAACCAACCAACCAACCAGCCAGCCAGCCAACCAAUCAACCAGCCAACCAACCAGCCAACCAACCAACCAACCAACCAACCAACCAACCAACCAACCAACCAACCAACCAACCAGCCAGCCAGCCAACCAGCCAACCAACCAGCCAACCAACCAACCAACCAACCCAGUCAC